AUUGGACCCGGAAGGAAGGGACGCAGCAGCGGCGCAGGAGGGUAAGGCAGCAGGCUGCCGGGAGCUUCUGCGCAUGUCUUCGAGCGUCUCCUCUUGGAAGGCGAGCGAGCCGAUGACAUGGCGCCCGUUGAGAGAGCGGUUUGGUAGCAAAAGCAAAAACGACAACAACAAGGAGUAUAGCAGCAACGACCAACCGCCAACGGAGGCGGUGGUUGCUAUUGUACAGCCGGUAGCAGCAGUUGCAGGAGUCGAGGCGGAUACGGUUGCCUUGAUGGCCCCGGCGCCGGUCAAGAAGGCAGUAGGGGCGGCGUCUGCGGCCUUGGUCGAGGCGGGUAAGGUCGAGCCGAAGAAGGCCGUGGGAGCUCGGUGUCCUGCGAAACGAGUGGAGCGGGUGACGAAGGCACCGAUGACGGCAAUGGAGGCUGCGGCUACGCGUGCGUUUGUACGUGGGCCGGAUAAGGCGAGCGGGUCAGCAUCAGGCGUGCGAUCAGCGAAUCGUGGCGGGGCGGUAGUACCGGCAGUAGGCGUUAAGAAGCAGCAGCAACAACAGCAGAAGCAGAAGCAGCAGGCCUCAAAGCCACGUUGGAAGUAAGCAAGUAACUAGUAAUGGGUAUUUAUUGGGUUGAGUUGAUUCUGUUAUAGCAGUCGGGAUGAUGUGAUGCCGUUGGUAAAAAUUGCUUAAAGAGAGUUGUGCCGUAUGCGAGGUUAGUUGAGGUAAGGGUGUUGCCUUACCUACGUUUUUAAGGCCGCCGGAGAUCGCUGACAAGGUGCGUUCCUAGGAAACCGCUAAGGUUGAUGGCAGUAUGUACAGAAGCCUUGGGCUAAAGGCGCUGAGACGUGCCUUGGCUAAAUGGCUAGGCACCUUAGGGAAUGGUAAGCGCCGUGCUUUGCGCGCAUUCAUUUACUAGCUAGGCAGCAGCAAGACGUCCGGAAGUAGGGCAGUUGCAAUAGGUUUCGUUGUUCCUCGCUACCGUGUGCUGGUGCAUGCUGCACGGUGGUUUCUGCUGGUGGAAUCUAGAUGAUUGGAUGCCGUUAAAUGGCAGUAGCAAAGAUGAUUAGGGGCUAUCGUUAUGUGGCAAGGGACAUGCCUAGUCCGACGGUCGUGGUAUGUGAUCGGUGGUUUGCAGUUAGGAACGGUACUAGUCUUACAAGUACGUGUUGCUUACGGGUUACGGCUAUCCAAUCCUGUGUAUGGUAGCUACGUGUGCUAUGGCGCCCAUCUGUUUAGUUGUAUACACGUGAUCGUUUGAUUUCCCCCAAAACCCGUCUGUGUCGUCGAGAGUUCCUUAGGUUGCAAGCACAGGUUGCAAUCGGGCCAAUCUUGAUGACUAAAGCCGGAUUAAGUAUAUAUGCGUUAGGCUUUUCUGCUUACCUACAGUGGUGUGCAAUAAGGUGUCGGUCAGUUUUCUACAGAAGGUUCACUUUCGGUGCUGUGCGAAUCGCGCCUGGUGUUAAGCGGUUGCCCGUACUGCUCGUAUUCACUACCUAGGGUACCGACGCUGCAACAUCAUUAUGUGUCACUCAUUAUGUCAGCUACAUUAUCUACAAUCACUCAUCUUGGCCGAUAUUGUAAGUGUAUGCGCUUCGCCUUUGCCAUUUUUCACGGCCGCAGUCCGAACCGGGGCUAAGGCAAUUGCCGAAACAAAAUAAGGAACGUCUCCCGUGCAAGCUUGGACCUACCUUUCGAGGAGCAACUCGGGCGUCUGCUGGUAUCCUGCGAACUACCGCUUGGUGUCCCGGCUAAGGGCGCAUGGUAGCAGUAGUCUCCCGUACUGGUAGCUGGGAUUUUAGGAUUCCAAAGCCUUCCGCCCCCGCUAUCGAUGAAAAGCCCUGCCCUAAAGGCCCAGACAUCCUCGCCCCGCAAGCGCCGCUCACUCCCACCCAGCAGCAUAGCCACUGGGCAGCUACACCCGCCGUCCACAAUGCAACCACCGCUAGCAGCACCUUAAGCAAUGGCGGCGGUAGCAGCACACGCGGCCGUUCCUAUGUUGGCAAGGGGGCCUUCAGGAGGUAUUUUGGCAGCGUGGGCGGCGGUGGUGAGAUGUCUGGAAUCGAGUUUGUGACGUUCAAAAGGGCAUGUCGUACAUCCUCUGCCGUAUCCUCAACACCAGUUGCGGCGAAGAGUGCCGUAUCCGGUGGUGUCGUACUGAAGGCGACAACGACGUCAGCUCUGCAGCGCUCCAGUGGCUGUACGGCUGCCGACCAUGAUCUGCCGUGCAGCACCGACGCAUGGUUUCGUAGCGCCCAGUACGGCACCUUCAAAACGGCAUUGCCGUACAUUGGCUCCGGCCCAAGGAAAAGCCAUGACAAACAGCCACAAGCGGCAUUACAGCACUCAGCAGCCUCCGCCGCUGCUGCGACGCUGCCGCCUAGAGAACUCCCUCUCCAUCCCCACCACCACCAAACCCAGCUGCCUUCCUCCAUGCAGUCGCCGUACAACCACCAUCACCACCACCUGCCGUACAGGCCCCUCAGCAAGCUGAUCUCCAUCCCGCUGGCAUGGGCCCUGGCGCAGGAGCCGCCGUCGCGCCUCAAAACGGCCACCGGGAGGCCGCCGUCGGUCCCCGCAGCUCCUGCAGCGGCUCCAAACUGCCCUGCAACGGCUUCCAUAGUUGCGGUCUCGGCCUCCUUAGCCUCAACGCGGCCCCUUGUGGUUGACGACGCUUCUCCUGCGGACCCCGUAGCCGUCGCAACCUCACCCUCAUCACCCUCCCAACCCACGGCUUCGCUGUCCCCAGCUAGCGACGGCUACUCGCCCUCGGCUUCUUCGACUGUGCCAGCAGCCUCUGCUGGCAGCUCUGCGAUGAUCGACUCGGCUUCGGUGUCAGCUCCUGCCUCGUCCUCGGCCCCGGAUGAUGGGGCCUCAGCAGGAAGCGUCAGUAGUAGCUCAUUCGCUGCGCCGCCGCUUGCCCGCCCUCCGAUCGCUCCUUCCGCUACAGGAGCCGCAUCCCUAGCCGCUGCUGCAUUAGCCUCAGGCCCAGGCUCGGCCUCAGCCUCACCACCUUCACCUGCUGCUGAGGUCUCCUGCUCCUCAGCCUCAUCCGCCUCCUCCAUAUCCACAGCUCCAGAAGCAGCCACAUCACAUCCAGGCUCGCCCCCAGCAGACCCACCCUCACCACCCUCAUCACUUCCGGCCUUAACUGCUCCUCUGCCCUCAACAUCCAUGCCCAAGACGCCUAGCCCACCUUCCUCUGCAGCUGCAGCCCCCUCCUCGCCCACAUCCGCAUCACCCGCGCCAGUCUCGCCCCCAACCUCAGCCUCAUCCUCAGCCGACCCUGCGCCCUCAGCAACCCCCCGAAUAGCCGCAGCAGCCUCACAGCAGCACGUUGAGCCCAAGACGCCAACCACAACAACAACCGCAACCGCAACCGCAACGACCAAACCGCCAACCCAGCAGCCAAGCCCAUCCUCCUCACCUAUCACGCCUACAAAGCCCAAGCCAGCCGCCGCCAGUAGACCCUUCCCAACUGCGACAGCAGCAGCAGCAGCAGCGGCGGCACCUGCAUCACCCCACCGCCCCCACCAGCAGCAGCAGCAUCCUUUAACCCCGCCAUGCAGCUGCUGGACUGCGGGACUCUGCCGUACAACUCCAUGCGGUAUUCCCAACCUGUGUCGUACUCGGAUGCUGGUACGGCAGGUCGGGCUGUUUAGUGACGGCGAUGACGCCACUGCGGCCAUGUUCAGUGGCUUGCUGGGCUCCCUAGCUACGUCUCCCCCUGGUCCGUCCUGUGGGUGGAGCUCCAGAGGUGUUAGUGCUGGGGGGGUUGCGGCCGCCGCUGCGGCGACGGCGGCGGCGGGUACCCGUGUCGGUGGGCCGAGACUGGUGCAGGAGGCAUCCGCAGCGGGGGUGGAGGCGAAGGGCGGCGCGGUUACCUCCACCGCUGCCGUCGCUGCCAGUGAUGACAAGCCCGGCAUGCGGCCGUUUAAGGAGGAGGAGACGGCCAAGACCGAGGCAAAGAAGGCUGCAGCCGCAGCGCCUGCGGACACCGCCGCUGCCGCCACUGCAGCAGCAACAACAACGUCAAGUACAACAACAGCAGCCGUGCCAGAUGCUUCCAUGCUAAGGGCCGAGAGUGUUGGGAUUGUUGACGCUGUGGCGGAGGCGGUGGCGGAAGCAAAGCUGCUGCCGGUCUCUCCUGCCACCGCUCCUGCCACCGCCGUUGGAGCUGCACCACCAGCAGCAGUGUUGCCAGCAGCGGCAGCAGCGGCGGCAGCAGAUCCUGCUGCAGCCGUUGUUGUGACGGCAGUAGCAGUUAUCGAUAUGGCAGAAGCAUCAGCAGCAGUAGAGGCAGAGGCUGGGGCAGGAGAUGAUGAGACGGCGGCAACAGAUGAGGUGGAGGCGGUGGUGGCGGUAACACCCAUGGAGCCCGUGUGUGCGGCUGCUGCUGUGGUGGCAGCGGCGGCGGCGGCAGAUGCAGACUUCGCAGCUGACUUUACAGCUGUCAAGGAAGCAAGGAAAACCGGCGGAGUUAAUACCAGCACCAACACCAGCAGCAGCAGCAGACCAGAAGAACAUGAAGGACCCGCAGUGCCUGCUGCUGCUAUUGUUCCAGGGGCUAAGUGCACUGUUGUUGAACCAGUGGCGGCGGUUGUUACGGCAGCUGCAGCGGCAGCAGCGGACUCUGCCCCUGAACCCGCGUCCGCCCCCGCAGCGCCCCCGUUGAUGGUGGUCAUCGAAGCUGCAUCCGCAGUGUCAUCAGCGGCCUCCCCGCCAUCAGCUGUGGAGCCUUCAGAAGCCGCCUCGCCACCUCCCUCCCCACUGUUGCCGAACUCAUCAUCAUCAUCAGCGUCACCACCCUCAGUGUCGCCUGCUGCUGCCGGCCUGGAGAUCACCGCUGAAUGCCGUACUGCAAGUACGGCAGUGGAAGCCACUGCUGAGGUUGUGGGAAACGGCGGAGUUGCUGCUGAGAGUGCCGUACCCGUGGCGGGGAUAACUGCAGCGACAGCAGCAGCAGCGGUGGCAGCGGAAGUGCCUUCCCCGGUGUCGCCGUCAGCAGCAGCGGCAGAAGCGGCCCCCACACUAACCGCAGCACAAGUGUCUUCUGUUGCAGCAUCGUCAUCAGCGGCACAAAGUGCGGUAGAAGUGCCUCCCCCGGCGUCGUCAGCAGCAGUAGCAGCAGUGGCCGAGCUGUCCCCCACACCAUCAACUCCAACGCCGUCAGCGGCAGCGACGCCAGCAGCAGGCUCUUGGUGCCGGGUUAGGGCGGCCCAAGCUGCAGCAGCUGCUACUGCUGCUGCUGCUAUACAACCAACGCCCACUCGCUUCUCUGCUUCUUCUUCGUCGUCAAGCCCUACUACGACAACAGCCGUACCACGACAACGAACCAUGUCGCCGAGGGUCAGCGAGCUUGCCGCGCACUUCACCGCCGUCAUACAAGCCAGCAGCUCGAGAAGGGAGACUAGGUGGAGUCUGCCGCUGAGGGACGAGACGAAGGAGCCGGGAGGGGUUGCUGUCAAGCAAUUUCCUGCUGCCGCAGCAAAGCAGGCAAUGCAAGCGGUGGCACCGAGGGACGCCGCAACGGCGGCUGCGACGGCGGCAGCGGCAGCAGCGGUGGUGGGGAUAACGACAGCAGGGGCACGGGCGGAUGGUGGUGUGUUCUCAUCCCGUUCAGCAGCAGGCGUGUCGGCAGCGGCAGCAGAGGCGGCGCCAGUAGGCAUGCCAGCAACAGCAGGAUCAGCAACGGCUUCAGCGCCCCUGCAACCUGAGGUUAAGGCGGAAAUAACGGAGUUGCUAGGACCUUUCGCUACAGCCGCUGCUGCCGCUGCUGCAGCUGCAGGGCUGCUGCAAGGCUGGGACAUGUCGCUGAUGUCCGAGACGCUCCCGGCAGCCUUCCAGGCAUCACCAAGGGCGUUGCUGGCCUCUCCCUCGGCCUUCACGGCUCGACCCUCCUCGGCUUUCUCUCCACUUCCUGCGGCCUUCGCAGCCUCACCCAAGGCACUUUCAGCGGCCCCAAGCGCCCUCACAGCGGCUCCCAAGGCACUGUCCGUGAAGCCGAGGGCGCUGGAGGCGGCCCCGGCAGCGUUGCUGUCUUCACCGGCGGCUUUGAGGGCAACGCCCAGGGCAUGCACGACAACAC